AUGCGCAGCAAGAUGGUGCGCGGCGGCGGCGGCGGCGGCCCUGAGGAGCUGAUCGGCGCCAUCCGCACCAAGUUUGUCCGGCUCAAGGAGGAGGUGGACAGCGAGCUGGGCGUGUUCGCGGGGGACCUCAUCGGCUCGCUGGAGCGGGGCGACGAGCCGGACGAGGAGCGCCGCCUCGCGCUGGAGGACCUGCUGGUGGCGGCGCAGCGGUGCGCGGAGAUGAGCCCCGAGGAGCUGUGGGCGCGCUGCGAGGGCAUCGUGCAGGGCCUCGACGACCGCCGCCAGGAGCUCCCCGCCGGCUUCCCCAAGCAGGCCCACACCCGCAUCCUCUUCAUCCUCACGCGCUGCACGCGCCUGCUCCAGUUCCGCAAGGAGCUCGCCGCCGACGAGGGCGGGCACCACGUGCUCGGCCUGCACCAGCUCAGCGACCUCGGCCUCUUCCCCGGCGGGGACCCCCUCGGCCGCAAGAGCACCUCCAGCCUCACCGAGCUCAAGGAGCGCCUCAUCAGGCGCCGGAUGCUGGAGCACAAGCACCUCACCCUCUUCUCCUCGCCGGCGGCUGCUGACCAGCACUCCCCGUCGUCCGGCAAGAUGGCGUCCUGGAAGAAGCUGCCUUCCCCGGCCGAGAAGAAGAACGCCGGCGGCGCCGACACCACCAAGGCCACCGCCGCCGACGAGAAGAAGCAGCAGCCCAUCAUCAUCCGGCAGCAGGGCAAGGCGAGCGUGGACGAGAUCGUGGAGCGCGUGGACGCGGCGAGCAUCCACCCCGAUGGGCUGGCAUGCCUGGCGGGCGGCGCCGCCGCGGCGAACCUCGAGGCCGUCCCGUCCCAGUACCCGGAGGCGCAGCAGAUCAUCGUCGACGGCAAGCCGCGGAUGAUCUGCCGCAUCUGCGACUUCGAGAUCCCCAUGGCACACGCCGAGGGCCACUUCGUCGUGUGCACGCUAGCCGACCGCUGCGACGCCAAGGGCCACACCGCCGACCAGCGCCUGCUCCGCGUCGCCGAGGUGCUCGACCGCGUGCUCGCCUCCUUCGAGUCGCGCGGCUUCUCCGGCGAGCGGGCGAGCUCGUCGUCUGAGUCCGACGGGUCCUCCUUCCCCAACGCCGCCGCCGACCACGACGCCGGCCUCUCCCACCUGCUGAGUGUGCCCUCCGCCGAGCUCUUCCCGGAGGACGCGCUGAUGCCGGCGUCGGGGAGCCUGCCGCCGUCGCCGCUGCUGACGCCGCGGUCGAGCCACGCCGCCGAGUCCUCCUCCUCGUCGCAGCCAACCAAUAAGCAGAAGCACAGGGGGGGCGCUCGCCGAGCUGGAGAACUUCCAGCAGAUCGAGAGCCUGCUGGCCAUCGCCCGCGGCAUCGAGAGCAUCAAGAGCUCCGAGUACAACUCGCUCGAGGACCUCAGCUCCUACCUCGAGGACCUCAACGCUUUGACUAAUCGUUGCUUUGACUAAUUGUUUAUAUAUAU